AUGAAGUUCAUGAAGCUUGGGUCCAAGCCGGACGCCUUCCAGACCGACGGCAGCGACGCCAGAUACGUUCUGUCAGACCUUCCGUCAGAUAUCCUCAUCCAUGUCGAGGAUGCAAGGUUCUAUCUGCACAAGUUCCCUCUUCUUUCCAAGAGUAGUCUGUUACAAAGGCUGAUAAUAGAGGCUAGUCAGAAUGGCACUGAUGAAGUUGUCAUCCAAGACAUUCCUGGUGGAGUGAAAACCUUUGAAAUAUGUGCAAAGUUCUGCUAUGGCAUGGUGGUGACCCUCAAUGCGCACAAUGUUGUCGCAGCAAGGUGUGCAGCAGAGUACCUUGGUAUGACCGAGGAUGUUGAGAAGAGCAACCUGAUAUUUAAGAUCGAAGUGUUCCUGAAUUCCGGAAUCUUCAGGAGCUGGAAGGACUCAAUCAUAGCACUACAGACCACUGAUGCAUUAUUACCAUGGUCAGAGGAGCUUAAGUUGGUCGGUAGAUGCAUAGACUCCAUUGCUACCAAAGCUACCGUUAACCCAUCGAAUGUUAUGUGGUCAUACACCUACAACAGGAAAUCUGCAUCCUCUGAUGAGAUAGUUGAAGCUCGCAAAAGCUCGCAGGCGGUUCCUAAGGAUUGGUGGGUUGAAGAUCUGUGUGAACUUGAUGUAGACCUCUAUAGGCGUGUCAUGGUUGCAGUUAAGUCAAGGGGGAGGAUCCCCUCUGAUGUUAUCGGAGAAGCGCUGAAGGCAUAUGCUGCUAGAUGGCUUCCUGAAUGUUGUGACACGCUGGCAGACGACGCCUACUCUGAAGCAUACAAGCAUCUGCUUGAAACCAUCAUCUGGCUUUUGCCCUCGGACAAGGGAUCUUCAGGGAUCUCGUGUGGUUUCUUCCUGAAGCUGCUGAAAGUCACUGUCCUAAUUGGUGCUGGAGAGCUCCUGAAGGAAGAACUCAUGGACAGGAUUGUGUUGCAGCUCCACAAGGCUUCGGUCAAUGACCUUCUGAUCCCUUCCAAGCCUCCGGCACAGACCGUUUAUGAUGUUCAGCUAGUUCAGACACUUAUCAGCAGGUACAUGAGCCAUGCCGGGGUAGCUCAAGCUGGGAUUUUUCUCAACAACCUUGACCAGGAGAUGUUUGAGACCAAUGUAGACAGUGAAUCUUUGCUAGCAUUGUGCAAGCUGGUGGACAGGUACAUAGCUGAAGUUGCCUCUGAUCCAAAUCUGUCCGUUUCAAGCUUCGUGGAUUUGGCGACUUCCAUGCCGGAAACAGCCAGACCAACACAUGAUGGAUUGUACACUGCUAUCGACGUAUUUCUGAAGUUGCAUCCCGGGCUACCCAAGAUGGAGAAGAGGAAGAUCUCGAGCCUGAUGGACGUAAAGAAGCUGUCCAAGGGGGCAUGCAUCCACGCGGCGCAGAACGACCGUCUCCCGCUGCGCGUGGUGGUCCAGGUCCUCUUCUUUGAGCAGCUGCGCGCCGCGGGAGCUGCCGCCGCCGCCGCGACGCCCAACGUCAGCGUGGCGCGGUGCAUGGCGCGCCUGGCGGAGGAGGAGGAAGAGGACGAGAACUGGAAGGAGGGCCGCGCGCUGCUGGAGCCCCCGACCCCCGGCGCGCUGAAGAAGCAGCUGGGGAGCCUGAAGCUGGGCGUGGGCGACCACCACCAGGGCGCGGGCGACGACGGGCGGCGCCUGGUGGCGCGGAGCAGCAGCGUGGCCAACCAGAGCAGCCGCCUGUCGCUGUCGUCGCGGUCGCGGAGGAUCUUCGACAGGCUGUGGAUCGGCGGCGCGAAGCUGCCCGGGGAGGCCGCUGCCGCUGCCGCCGCCGCGGUGGGGAAGGGGUCGUCGGACACGUCCGGGAGCUCGCAGAGCCCGCGGUCGUCGGCGAAGCCGCUGGAGUCCAAGUCGUCCAGCUCGUCGUCGAGGAACCGGCGGUACUCGGUCUCGUAG